GCCAGACCCAACAUCCUCCGCGGGUUCGAGUCCCGGGUGUUUAGUCGGGUCAUUUCUGGUCCCUUCUGGUCCCUUCUGGUCUGUUUGAGCAGGACACCCGUGACAGCUUUCUGCAGCCGCGCUGCCUGGAGGACUCGUGAUGGGGGACAUCCGCCAGUCGCUGCUGCCCCGGGACGUGCUGAGCGCCGCCAAGGAGCUGCUGUACCACCUGGACAUCUACAUCUGCAACCUGCUGCAGUCGGGCCGGCAGCCCCCGCAGGUGGACGCCAAGACCCAGGAGCUGGUGGAGGAGUUCAUCCUGCACGCCCCCCGGGACCGGGGCGCCCCCGCCAGGAGGAUGAGUGCCCUGCAGGAGCUGCAGCUGCUGGAGAUCAUGUGCAGCUGCUUCCAGGAGCAGAGUCGGGACACCGUCCGCCAGCUCAUGUUCUCCGCCCUCUUCAGCCUCCAGGGAAACCAGGCCGACGAGAGCCGCAUGGCGCUGCUGGGCAAACUGGUCUCCAUGGCGAUCGCUGUGGGCCGGGUUCCCAUCUUGGAGUGUGCUGCUACCUGGCUCCAGAGAACCCACCGCGUGUACUGCGUGCGUCUGGCCCGGGUUCUGGUGGACGACUACUGCAGCAUGGUGCCGGGCUCCGUGUCCACCCUGCAGAACAUCCACAGUUCCAGCCCGCGCUUCUGCUGCCAGUUCAUCACCGCCGUCACCACCCUCUACGACCUCAGCUCCGAGGAGCUCAGCCCUCCGCUGGAGCUCCUCCAGAUGAUCGUGUCGUGGAUCCAGGAGGACCCCCGCCUGGUGCUGAUCACCUUCCUGAACACGCCCCUCUCCGGCAACCAGCCAAUCACCUCCCUGGACGUCACGCCCCUGGGGGGGCUGGUCCGCUGGUGCGUCAAGGCGCCGCUGGCCUACCGGAGGGACAAGCAGCACCUGGGGGGGGGCUCGGACCAGCCGGACGUGGGGCCUCUCUUCUCCGCACUGCACCUAAGUGUUCUGCAGGUCUUCAUGCUCCUGCCCUCCAUCCUCAACGAGAAGGGGCUGUUUGGGCGCCUGGCGCUGCUGCAGAUGGAUUCCCUGGCCACGCUGAUCUCAGACCUGUCCCGGCUGCUGGACCAGGCCGACAAACACACGCUCAAGUCCGCGGUGGAGGCGCGAGCGUCGCCCCAGCUGGCGCUGGACCGGCUGGCCCAGGCUCUGCAGGUGGCCAUGGCCAGCGGAGCGCUGCUCUGCUCCAGAGAGGACUUGAGAGCCAUCUGUUCCCGCCUCCCUCACAACAAUUUGCUCCAGUUGGUGUUGUCCGGUCCGGUGAUGUACUACAACAACAUCCACACCCCUCCGCUGGCCUUCAGCCCCCACGCCGCUCACUCUCCCAUCGCCUCACACCCCACACACACCGCACACACUGCACACCCCACACACACUGCACACCCCACACACACCGCACACCCCACACACACCGCACACACCGCACACCCCACACACACCGCACACCCCACACACACUGCACACACACCUCUAGCCCCCCACCCCGCCUCGCACAGCCAGUACCCCGGCCAGCCGUUCAUGACGGGGAUGCCCUUCCCUUUCAGACCGGGACACUGAAGCAGCCGCCCAGCUCCACCGCCGUGUGAGGCCGUGCACGAUGUCGGAUCCUUGUCUGCUUGAUGUGUGUGUGUACGGAAGAGUAUUAGGGCCAGGCAGGAGAAAAAAUAUUUGAGACGGGAAGAUUU